AUGUCGAGCUCCAGCCAGAACAACGGCUACACCAUCAAGAGCACCGGCACGAACAGCCAGGGCAAUCACUGGUGCAGCCGCGAAUUCGGCCCCUCGGCGCCCAGCCAGAACAACUACCACUACUCGAACAAGGACGGCAGCUUCCACUACAAGAACCCCGACGGUUCGACGUAUCACAACGACGGCAAGGGCAACUCGACCUACACGACGCCCUCGGGCUACCAGGUGCACAAGUCGGACGGCCAGCAAUGA